AUGUCGUUUACUCCCGAUGUCUCAAGGAAAAGCGGAGUGGGAGUGAUCCCAUCUCCUGCUCCGUUCUUCACUCCACGCCCCGAGAGAAGACGAACUGACUCCUUCGCUAGCCGCCUCGAAAGAGACAAAGAGGUCAAUGUUCAAGUCAUUCUCCGAUGCAGACCCCUAACCGAAGAGGAGCAGAAAUCAAACGUCCCUAGAGUGAUCUCUUGUAACGAAUUGAGAAAAGAAGCCAAUGUUCUUCACAGCGUUGCUAAUAAACAAGUCGACCGCGUUUUCACCUUCGACAAGGUUUUUGGUCCAAAAGCACAGCAACGGUCCAUAUAUGAGCAAGCCAUUUCACCUAUUGUUCAUGAAGUCUUGGAAGGUUUUAGCUGCACUGUGUUCGCUUAUGGACAAACAGGAACGGGAAAGACUUACACUAUGGAAGGUGGAAUGAGGAAUAAGGGAGGAGAUUUACCUGCGGAGGCAGGGGUGAUUCCGAGAGCUGUUCGUCACAUUUUCGAGACUCUCGAGGCGCAAAACGCUGAUUACAAUAUGAAAGUGACUUUCUUGGAGCUGUACAAUGAGGAAGUUACAGACUUGUUAGCUCAAGAUGCUUCUUCUGAUGAUAAUGUUAAGCAGAAGAAGCCUGUUUCUUUGAUGGAAGAUGGGAAAGGUUGUGUGGUUUUGAGAGGUCUUGAGGAAGAAGUUGUGUACAGCGCUAACGAUAUCUACGCUCUUCUUGAACGAGGCUCGUCAAAGAGACGCACGGCGGAUACUUUGUUGAAUAAACGGAGCAGUCGCUCUCAUUCGGUGUUUACUAUUACGGUCCAUAUAAAGGAAGAGUCUUUGGGAGAUGAAGAGCUGAUCAAGUGUGGGAAGCUUAACCUUGUGGAUCUUGCUGGAUCCGAGAAUAUCUUGCGGUCAGGGUCUCGGGAUGGCCGUGCAAGAGAAGCAGGGGAGAUAAACAAGAGCUUGCUUACACUAGGCCGUGUGAUUAACGCGCUUGUGGAACAUUCUUCUCAUAUACCUUACAGGGAUAGUAAGCUGACAAGGCUUUUACGGGACUCUUUAGGAGGGAAGACAAAAACUUGUAUCAUUGCUACAAUCUCUCCUUCUGCUCAUUCCUUAGAAGAAACCUUAAGCACUUUGGAUUAUGCAUAUCGUGCUAAGAACAUCAAGAACAAACCCGAGGCAAACCAGAAAUUAUCUAAGGCUGUGUUGCUUAAAGACCUUUACUUGGAGCUUGAGAGAGUGAAAGAAGAUGUAAGAGCGGCAAGGGAUAGAAAUGGUAUUUACAUAGCACAGCAACGAUAUGCAGAAGAAGAAGCUGAAAAGAAGGCGAGAAUCGAGAGGAUAGAACAGUUGGAGAAUGAUUUAAAUCUCACUGAAAGUGAAGUUUCCAACUUCCGUGACCUUUACAUGACUGAGAAAGAAAAGUUACUGGAUGUAGAAAGCGACCUUAAGGACUGCAAGAGAAACCUAGAUAGCAAAAACAAGGAGUUGCUUGAUCUCAAAGAGAAUUACAUCCAAGUUAUAACAAAGUUAAAUGAAAGGGAAGCCAUCAUCUCCAGAAUGAAAGCCUCAGGCGAUUUGAACGUGUGGAUUCGGAGAUCUUUCGUUGUGCGCGCCAAUGGCGUGGGAUGUGAUUCCUUUGGCCAUCUUGUAUUCUGUUCGAUCGUCUCCUUCCUUUCUUCUUCCUUGGUGUUUUUUGGACUCCAGAGGAUCAGUUUCCACCGGUGUUCGCGCCUUCUUGAGGUUUUGAGUUCGUCGGCCAUUCUAUGCAUCGCCGUCGGCCGUAUUGAGCUUCCUUCGUCUAUCUCACGUAGCAGGCACUUUUUCUCGUCCUAUCUUUUGGAUUUGCCGACCAAAAUGAUGUUUUGA